ACAAUUCAUCAACACAGAAGGGGGGCAACAUAGAGAGAAAAGGGAGGGGGGUAUUCGCGCCUUCCGGCCACCGUUGCUAGGGCGACCGCCACUCGGCCCUUUUGUGAUUGGCUGGCGAUUGGAAUGCCGAUGCGAUGCCACGCCCCCUUCCUCCUCCGCCGCCAUUCAGGAGCUCGGCGGCGCUCUCAGGGCUUCAGUGCGCGAGAAGGAGGCGAAGACUCAUUCAAGUUCCGGGACGCUUGUUGGAAAUUCAAGCUCCUCGGACUUUAUUUGGCGUGAGCUCGUUGAGAAAGAAGCGGAGCGAAUGAGCAGGAAGCAGCCGUGGGAUUCAUUCAGAACCUCCCGACAUACACGGAGCCCAGCCGCCCAUUGAUAUAAUAGCGCUUUCCUCCCGAGACCCGUCUAAAUGCUGGACAAGUUCAAGCCCGUGGUCCCCUCGCAGAAGCUGCAGCCGCUCGACUCGGUGGUCAUGGCGGUGAGCAAGACGUCGGCGUGGCUCCGCGAGCAGCUGGACGCGCCGCGCCGCGACUGCCUCCUGCUGCUUAUGGACUGCCGCGGCCAGGAGCCGUACGAGUCGUCGCACGUCCAGGGCGCCAUCAGCGUGGCGCUGCCCGGCCUCAUGCUGCGCCGCCUUCGCAAGGGCAACCUACCUGUGCGGGCGCUGCUCGCCGACGGACCCGACCGGGAGCGGUUCGCGCGGCGGUGCAAGAGCGCCACCAUCGUGCUCUACGACGAGUACAGCCGCGAGUGGAACGAGAACGUGGACGGCGGCUCCGUGCUCGGGCUGCUGCUGCGCCGCAUGAAGGACGAGGGCUACAAGGCCUUCUACCUGGAAGGUGGCUUCAGCAAAUUCCAGGCAGAGUUCCCCAACCUGUGCGAUACCAACCUGGACGGCUCCUCCGACAGCAGCCCUCCCUCCACGCAGGUCCUGGGCCUGGGCGGUCUGCGCAUCAGCUCGGACUCGUCAGACAUCGAGUCAGACGUGGACCCUAGCAGCGCCACCGACUCAGAUGGCAGUCCACUGUCCAACCUGCAGUCGUCCUUCCCUGUGGAGAUCCUCCCCCAUUUGUACCUGGGCUGCGCCAAGGACUCCACCAACCUGGACGUGCUGGAGGAGUACGGAAUCAAGUACAUCCUCAACGUCACGCCAAACCUGCCCAACCUUUUUGAGAACGCUGGCGAAUUCAAGUAUAAGCAGAUCCCCAUCUCAGACCACUGGAGCCAGAACCUGUCACAGUUCUUCCCCGAGGCCAUCAACUUCAUUGACGAGGCUCGAGGUCAACACCGCGGCGUGCUGGUGCACUGCCUGGCCGGCAUCAGCCGCUCGGUGACGGUGACGGUGGCCUACCUGAUGCAGAAACUGCAGCUGUCCAUGAACGACGCCUACGACAUCGUCAAAACCAAGAAGUCCAACAUCUCACCCAACUUCAACUUCAUGGGCCAGCUGCUGGACUUUGAGCGCACGCUGGGCCUCAAGAGUCCGUGCGACAACCGGCCCACCACCGCCGCCGUCAUGACGCCGCCCAGUAGCCAGGCCCUCUACUUCACCACCCCUACCAACCACAACGUCUUCCAGCUGGACCCCCUGGAGUCCACGUGAGGGCGGGGUGGCAGUAGAACCCCCAUAAAAUCGCACAUUUGAGGGCCCAAAAAGUCCUGGAAAAAGUUUUCUGUCCAACGGGGGCGGCGGUCGCGACAAAGUGGGCCGGGGGCCGCGGUCCCUCCAAUAAAGUGUGUUCGAGCCGGACCACCAUUUUGAGUCGUGGACUCAAACUGACUUCUGUGAUCAUCUUCUGUGAAGACACAAAAUGGACGCUCUUGUGUAUAUAGUUGUUGAUUUUGCCAAAAAAAAAAAUCAUCAGUCAAUCAAAAAGGAGGCUUUUCCAUCUACGUGUAAUCUAUUGCAGUGCUUUCCCAACCACAUAUUGGAAAACUGUCAACAACAAAAAAAGUACAUAUACUGAAAUAAUUACAGUAAUUUACUCCCACAUCUACAGUGUGACUUCUGGGUUUGUUUAGAAGAGCAAAGAGCUUGCAGGAAUUGAAGACACACACGCACACACACGGAUCUUACCAGGACCAACUGAGUGAAUCAUAAAUGUAUGAUGAUAAUGAUGAUUACCCACAGCCCAGUUGUUUGUGAAUCACUGCUCUGAGCCAACAACAGGCCUUGUUUGCAAGCCCUCCCCUAACAAAUCAGUCCGGCUGAGGUUGCCUUAUUUAUCUAGCCUCCUCAUGUGACUUUCUGGGGUGCAGGUGUUUUGUUUUUGUUUUCUACUUCAGGGGGAAAAAUAUCAUGAUGAUGGGAGGAAAAAGACUGUGGACGCCUCCCUUCCUUCCUCCUCCUCCCCCCCUAUGAAUGUAAAGAUAACUUAUUAAUAAAUUGAUAUUUUGCCUACAAAA